AUGAAGGACCAAAGCACAGCGCUUCCUCCUACGGGUAGCCCCACUGAGACAGAGGCUGCAGAAGCUCCGCCCUCACUGAAGCCGUCUGAGACUGCCGGCGUAGUGGUUGGCAGCACAGCUGGAGUUCUCCUGGCAAUCGUCGCUGCAGUCUUUAUCAUCCGUCGCUAUCAUGCAUUGAAACACAACAACGAUGAAUCCGGGCCAUACCCAGAAACGGCCUACUUGUACGACCCUUUUCCCGACCAUUCUGGAAGUGACAGAGGUGGAGACGAGGCCUCGGCUCUCAUGUCUAGAGAUGCAGUCAUCAGGCCAUCCGCAUCAAACAGAAGCAGAACACUACCUCGUGCCCCCCACAACUCUCUAGACGAUGAAUACUGCCACGUCUACAACGCCGACACCGUACGCUACAGUGAUCCCGGCAACCCCUUCACAGACCCCAACGACCCCUUCCUAGACUGGCGAAGCAGCCGCGUCAUCAGCACACCAACCGACACCGCAUCUGCUCUCGCUGCCGCAGUAACAGGCUACAGCAAAGGCCCCCAGAAGCCUCUUCCCCCACUCCCAAGCACCCGUUGUACCCUAGACGACCACAUCAUCCCAUCCCCAACACUAAGCCCCCUCCCAACCGAAUGCAGUCUCCGCCGCAGUCCCGCGAUAUCCGCUCGAAACAGCGUGAAGAGCCAACGCUCCCUACGACGCCUCAACUGUCUGAAUCCCUCAUCAAAAUCCUACACACCCCUUCCACAACACUCGAGACGGAAUCGGACAUCAACUCACGACCUCCCUCUCCCCCUCGCCAUCCGAUCAGAAACCCCAGACUCAAUCACGCUAUACGCAAACCCAUCGCCGUACCACCACCACCACUUCCUCCCCACCGUCUUCUCCUACACUUCAUCCCCGAAUACUUCAUCUGAGAAAACUACAGUGUCUGCGGAGACGACCCAGACACCGCCGUCUUCGCUGUCUUCAUCAAUACAUAAUACUGGUGUAGAUGGUGGGGAGGAGGUGUCGUUCACGGACUUCCCUACGCCGCUACGCCGGCACAAACGUCCGAUUAACAUGAUUCGCGGUUCCGCUGAGUAUAUGGUUAUGUCUCCGCUAGUAGUUUCACCACGGACCUACCGCUUCCUUGGUGCGGGAUAG